AUGGGUGCUAAUGCAUCUAACUACCCUCACUCGUGUUCCCCAAGGGUAGGAGGAAAUUCACAGGCACAACAGACAUUCAUAGGGACAUCAUCCUACUCUCAUCAAGGUUAUGGCUGUGAAUCAAAGCUGUAUAGCCUUGACCAUGGCCAUGAGAAACCUCAAGACAAGAAAAAGAAAACCUCUGGCCUUGCCACCCUCAAGAAGAAAUUCAUUAAGCGCCGGAAAUCCAGCCGAUCUGCUGAUCACGCCAAACAGAUGCGCGAACUCCUCUCGGGCUGGGAUGUCAGAGAUGUUAAUGCAUUAGUAGAAGAAUACGAAGGGACGUCAGCCUUAAAGGAACUUUACCUACAAGCUAAUUUGGCAAGACCAGAAGCCAGGACGCUACAAAAAGACAUGGCUGAACUUUAUCAGUACAAAUAUUGUACUGAUGUCGACUUAAUAUUUCAAGAAACUUGUUUUCCUGUGCAUCGUGCGAUAUUGGCGGCUAGAUGUCCGUUUUUUAAGACGCUGCUUUCUUCCUCACCGGAGUAUGGGGCAGAAAUCAUAAUGGAUAUUAACACAGCUGGCAUAGACAUGCCAAUGUUUUCUGCUUUGUUACACUACCUUUAUACGGGCGAGUUUGGAAUGGAGGAUUCGAGAUUCCAAAAUGUUGAUAUCCUCGUGCAGCUUAGUGAAGAGUUUGGAACGCCAAAUUCCUUAGAUGUUGACAUGCGUGCACUGUUCGACUACAUGUGCUACUACGAUGUGGUUCUUAGCUUUUCAUCCAACUCUGACUUAGUCGAAACCUUUGGUGGAAGUCAGAACUGUCUAGAUGAAGAGCUCAGAGCUCACAAAGCUAUUAUUUCAUCACGAUCUCCAUUUUUUCGUCACUUGCUGCAGAGGAGGAUACGAACUGGUGAAGAAAUCACAGACAGAACUCUACGAACUCCAACUAGAAUUAUAUUGGAUGAAUCUAUCAUACCAAAAAAAUAUGCUAAGGUCAUUUUGAACUGUAUGUAUACAGAUGUGGUGGACCUCUCAGUUUUGCACUCUAGUCCUUCAGUGGGCAGUUUAAGUGAAGUCCAGGCUCUUGUAGCAGGCAAACUAAACAUGACUAGGGCUGAAGAAGCUAUGGAGCUUUAUCACAUAGCACUGUUCUUGGAGUUUAACAUGCUUGCACAAGGCUGUGAAGAUAUUAUCGCCGAGAGCAUCUCACUAGACACCUUAAUUGCCAUUCUGAAGUGGAGCUCUCAGCCCUACGGUUCCAAGUGGGUACAUCGACAAGCGCUACAUUUCCUCUGUGAGGAGUUUACCCAGGUCAUGACUUCGGAUGUCUUCUAUGAACUCAGCAAAGACCACCUGCUCACAGCGAUUCAGUCUGACUAUUUACAGGCAAGUGAACAAGAUAUUCUAAAAUAUCUGAUUAAAUGGGGAGAACACCAGUUGAUGAAGAGAAUAGCAGAUCGAGAACCUAACUUACUGAGCGGUACUGCUCACAGUGUGAACAAAAGGGGUGUGAAGAGGAGAGAUCUUGACAUUGAGGAGCUGAGAGAGAUCCUGUCUCCAUUGCUACCUUUUGUCCGCAUUGAGCACAUAUUGCCCAUGAGCAGUGAAGUACUGAGCGAUGCCAUGAAGAGAGGCCUGAUUAGUACUCCUCCUUCAGACAUGCUACCAACGUCAGAAGGUGGAAAGUCAAAUGCCUGGCUGCGGCAAAAAAAUGCUGGAAUAUAUGUGCGGCCGAGACUCUUCUCACCGUAUGUGGAGGAGGCUAAGAUCUUGAUGAAAUUCCACCGGAAACAAAGCAGCGUUCUGAGGGAAACCUCCCUGGUUUCCAGCCAGUUUGCCGGCCCAGCUCCUCGGCAGCCCACCUGGCAGGCGGAUGGCAAGUCGGUGCUGGAUGAAAUGAUGGUUGAACAAACCGAUCUCGUUCGUUUGCGGAUGGUCCGGAUGUCCAACGUGCCCGACACCCUGUACAUGGUAAACAACGCGGUGCCGCAGUGCUGUCACUUGAUCACCCACCAGCAAGUUAGCACUAACCAGUCCAGUCCUCCUUCGGUCAUAGCCAAUGAGAUCCCAG